UUCACGUACAAUAUUCUCCAUCCAUCUUCCAAUUACCCAAAGAGGGAGAAAAAACAGAGAGCAGGGAAAGAUACAUAUAAAAAAUGGCAAAAUCAUGUGCCAUCAUUCUUGUUUCUGCCCUUUGCUUUCUGUCCUUCUUCGACAUUGCCCUCUGCAGCGAAGAUCGUUUCUUCAUCGAGGGAAAGGUUUAUUGUGACACUUGCCGCAUCCAAUUCUUCACCCGCGUCAGCAAGUUCUUGGAAGGCGCUAAGGUGAAAUUGGUAUGCCGUGAUGAGGCCAAUGUUGCAAAUGAGACAUUUACAGGGGAGGCAGUGACAGACAAGAAUGGAGUAUACAGAAUAGAGGUGGACGGAGACCACGAGGAGGAGAUUUGUGAAGUGUCAUUGAUGGAGAGUGCCGAUAAGGAGUGCGGUGAGAUUCCUACAGAUGGGUAUGGUCAUUUUGCCAGAGUCAGCAUCUCUGGCAACAAUGGCAUUAUAAACCCUGUUCGUCGACCCAACCCACUUGGGUUUAUGAAGAAGGAUGCUCUUCCAGAAUGCAAGGAGGUUCUUCGUGAGCUUGGUUUUGAUGACGUUGGCCUUCUUGCUUAAUUUCAACCCUCACCCAAUUAAUUCACACUCUUCAAAAUAAGCCUGCCUCUCUUUGAUGUAUUGAGUGAUCCUGUUGUUUGAUUUGAUGUAAGGCCUCUUUCUAACUACUCUAAUAAAGCAAUUCAUU